AUGCCAAUUCAGCUCGGAUUGCAGCGGAUGCGUCUGCUCUUAAAACACUUGGGAAAUCCUCAAGAGACUUUUUGCGCCAUUCAAGUUGCUGGGACUAAUGGAAAAGGAAGUAUUUGUAGCUAUAUAUAUACAACCUUGUUACAAGCGGCCAUAAAGACCGGUCGAUAUACCAGUCCACACUUUAUUGAGCCCAGGGACACCAUUCACAUGAACGGUCAAGUUGCAAGUAAGGAAAUGUUUGAAACCUGCCGGAAACGGGUCAUGGAUAUUGACAAACGCUUUGGUACGAAUGCUACCGAAUUUGAACUGUUGACAGCUACUGCGUUUGAAUGCUUUUGCGAAGCGGGCGUACGCGUAACUGUGAUUGAAACAGGUUUAGGUGGUAGAUUAGAUGCCACAAAUGUAUUUGAUUCUCCUUUGGUAUCUGUGAUUUGUCGGAUUGGAAAGGACCAUGAAGCCUUUCUCGGAAAUACACUAGAAGCCAUCGCUCGUGAAAAGGGAGGGAUUUUCCGCGAGAACGUCCCCUGUAUAAUAGACUCAACAAAUAAUCCGAGUGUAAUUCAAGAGCUUAAAAAAGUUGCUCAAGAAGUUCAUGCUGGACCUGUUUACUUGGCAUCAGCGAAGGAGACAAACCAGGCUCAAACUUGGAGUGUUACGAGCCCCUCUUGGGGAACGAAUGAUUAUCAGACUUCUUUGAAUGGCUCUUAUCAAGGUGCAAAUGUUGCUUGUGGUGUAUAUGCUUUGGAUGUACUAACCGCUUCCUUCCCGUUAAUGAUUCCUCAUGCGCAGAACGGUUUAAAAAACACACUUUGGCCUGGAAGGUUGGAUUUCCGAGAUAUUCCUGGGGUGGGAAAGGUUUUGUUUGAUGGAGCUCAUAAUAAGGAUGCUGCCAUAGAACUGGCCAAGUUUGUGAACCUUCAACGCGAAAAGAAUGUCAGCAAGUCGGUUUCAUGGAUGGUAGCUUUUACAAGUAGCAAAGAUGCGGAUUCCAUUUUAGAUGCCUUAGUUCGUCCAGGAGACACAGUCUACAUUACUCAAUUUUCUUCCGUACAAGGGAUGCCUUGGAUCCAAUCUAUGGAUUCUAGAGUGAUCCAAGAUUAUCUUUCUAAAAAACACAUUCGAGCUCUACUCGUUGACGAAAAAAAUAGGAAAAACGCUUUACGUUCUGCAGUAAGUCAAAACCCAUUGACUGUUGUUUGUGGAAGUCUAUAUUUACUCGGUGACAUGUAUAAAACUCUUCAUUUAGAGUAA